UCUAAAUUUGGGAAAUUUGAGUUAGGGUUUUUGGAAGUGGUGAUCCUGAUUCAACCCGUAAAUUUCUCCUUCGGAAAUCUAUUUAUAACAUAUCGAUAUUCAAGAUCUGUUUGAGCCAGUGCUGGCGAAUCGAACAAGUAAUCGCGGUAUAAAUUUGCUGCUUUGAAGCUAGCUAGAUGGACAAAUGUUCUUCUUCUUCUUCUUCUUCUUCAUGUCCUGAAAGAGAUUACUCGGAAGCUGUAAUAGCUAAAGAAGGCAAGCCAGCAUACAAACAGAUCACUGAAUUGCCGGGCCAGCUACAGAUUGACGAUGAAAACAGAGUGAGUAAUGAUAAUACAAAUGUGAUACAAUGCCCUGGUGAGGGACAGGAUGAUGAAGAUGACGAUGAUUUGUCCGAAGAAGAAGACUAUUUGUCUGAAGAAGAUUUGUUGGAACAGAUGGGCUAUGGCCAAUGCAAACAUCAAAUGCCAUAUCCGGAGGAGGAGGAGGAGGAUGAAGGGACGUCAGAUUUUUCGCAUAAAUCCAAUUUAGUUACUACAUCAAUGGCUGAUUUGAAACUAGUUUCUGCUCUCAAAGGGAGUCGGGAGAAAGAAGGAAAGUCAAAAAAGAAAUGCCGGGUUUCAUGGUCGCCGGAGGUGUAUGAUCCAUCUCCAACGGCCGAACAUUAUGCACUGAACGGCCCGGAGAGGCCUAAGAGUAGUCAAAAUGUGAAAACCCGGAAAAAGGGCAGCGCCAAAGGGGCGGGGACAAGUGGGGGCCGAGGGAAGGCAGCUGGUAAAGAUAAGAAACGGGGCAAGAAGCAAGGUGGCCGUGGCGGCAAGAAUCCGGAUUACAGUUAGGAAAGGUUUAAUCUUUAUAUAGUUGGCAGCAUGUUGUAAUCUAACAUCCUUAAUUUCUUCAAACUCUUGUAAAUAUGCAAAAUCCAACAUUAUCUGUAGUCUUCUACAACACAUUAUUAACAUGUGGUUUAGCUUCAGAAUGAAGAGCAAUCAAUAUAUCUUUCAAGAUAACAUCAAUGCACUGUCUGAGAAUUAGCUACCCAACAAAAUGUCAAUAAGUUAGGUGCCAUACUGCCACCUCAGGGCUAGACAUUUUCACAUGUAUAUUUUGUGCAGGAAAAGAAAUCCAUUUGUAUGUAGGGAAAAAUUAGUGG